UAAAAAUGACAUUGGCAAGAGAAGUAGUUUAUAUGAUGGAAAGUGGACAGAACGCCAAGGAAGCUGCAGAAAACGCUCUGCAUAAGAUGAGGAAUCAAUUUCAAGACCCAGGUUUAGGAGGUGUUAUUGCGAUUGAUAAAGAAGGGAAUUUUGGAAAAGCUUUUAACACCGAUAUGAUGGGUUGGGUAAGCAUCAAGGAUGAUAAAUUGGAAUGGGGCUUGGAUGACAAAAUGGAAAACUGAGUUAGGACGCUGUGAUAACAAAUAACUAUAGCGACGUAAAUAUAGGUAGUAAAAGGAAUAGUCUAUACAGACGUGCUGGCAUUAUCGGUAAAUCCGGUAAUCCAUGGUCCUAUACACUGAAAAGAUCAU